AGCCACCCGGAAGUACAGACACUUCACCAGUCAGACCGCUCUGCUCACCUGACUGCACGCUUUACAGACCGGAGCUGAGACUCCGGGGAUCGGGAGAAGUUUUAGGGGGGAGGGAUGAAUGGGUGAGAGAGGCGUCGACCCUCCCGUCCCCCUGUAUAUCUGUCUGUGUGUCUCUGUGUGUGUCUGUCUGAGAGUCACUUGGCUCCUGGUGGCCCUGGACUCUGAGCCCCAUGUCAGGCCGCAGGGUUGGGUUCUGUCUGAGCGACAAGAAGCGCAGGAGGAUGAACCUGGACGCUUUUGCAGAGUUCUCAAUCAUGGAGUGGAAGUGGUGGAGAUUGACCUCACUCAGCCGCUGGUACCUCAAGGACCCUUUGACAUCAUUGUUCACAAGCUGUCUGAUGUCAUCGUGGAGGCGGAACACAACAGCCAAUCACAGCAGCUCCUUGCCAAUUUCCAGAGCUAUGUGUCAGCUCAUCCCAGUACGAUCCUGCUGGACCCCCUGCCCGCCAUGACUCAGCUACUGGACCGCUUUGCCUCCUAUCGGAUAAUGAGCAAGCUGCACAACUCACUCCGAGACUGGCGCAUCUGUAGUCCUCCCUACCUGGAGAUCCACAGUGCCACUGACCUGUCAUCCAUUCAACAGACUCUAACAGCUCAGAACCUCAGCUUCCCUCUCAUUUGUAAAACCAGAGUAGCACAUGGCUCGCUUUCCCAUGAAAUGUCCCUGAUCUUCAGUGUAGGCAGCCUGGCUGAUAUCCGUCCUCCCUGUGUGCUCCAGAGCUUUGUGAACCAUGGGGCUGUUCUACACAAGGUGUUUGUGGUAGGAGACAGACACUACUGCGUAGAGAGACCCUCACUCAAGAACUUCCCCUCCGGUCCCUGUGACAGGGACACCAUCUUCUUCAACAGCCAUCAGGUAUCCAAACCAGAGUCCAGCUCUGAUCUCACAGCUCUGGAUGAGGAGAUGCCGUGCCUGCCUCCCCCCAGCUUUGAAGCAGUGGCCGCCCUGGUCCGGAAGCUCCGAGCUCAGCUGGGCAUGGCCCUGUUUGGUGUGGACAUCAUCAUCAACAUCCACACGCACACGCUCACCGUCAUCGACAUCAACAUCUUCCCAGGUUAUGAGGGCGUACCACAGUUUUUCUCCUCGCUGCUCAGCCACAUCAAGUCAGUGUUGGACAAACACACCUCUGCUGGACCUCAGGCCACCGGCUCUGCUUAGUCAACACAGACUGCAGGUCCUUCUUCUGUCAGUGUUUCAUCAGAGGACAAACAACAUUCCUUAGAAUGAGUGUUUUUACUGAGUUUGGUGGACCAAACUCAGCUCUUUUGCUUCAGUAGUUGUAAUGGGUAAACUUGAUGCUAAACUUUAUAAUAACUUCUCCUGCUCUGUUUAAGGUGACAGACAAAACAGGCAACACAAGGUGGUUUGAUACACUUUCCGUUUAUUGGUUGACAGGUAGCAUAGAAGAAGAUACAGCAGGCACAAAAUACAGCACUCUGAUUGGCCAGUAAUAUUACAAAUGAUGUUUUUCUGAUCAUUUUUUCCCCCCAGUUGUUUGAACUGUCUUCUAUGCCCAGUAUGCCACCCCCACCACAGACAUUUCCCACAGCUUUGUUUGCUGGUUUGUCGGAUCGAUUUUGUGGAAACAUUUUUGCACUUCUAUAGAAAAAGAAAACUACAGUACAUUCAUUUUUGAUUUAAGUGAACAAACAUCUCUUUGUAACGGACAGCAAUGAGCUCCUCAGCGUUGACUGAUAAUGCGUUUUAUCACUACAUGUUUACACAAGUCCACCGGCUACUUUGCCAGUGUCGGAAUACAUAAAUGUGUUGUAAUUCUUGGCUGUGUAGAAAAAAAAGAGAGAUUAUAUUUGCUAUAUGAGUACUAUAUGAUGCACUUUGAUUACAUGUUAAAAUACAAGAAAUUCAUUAUUUGGCUAAUUAUUGCAUUCACAUGUGCUGUAGUCUAUAUUGUGUUAUUUAUUGCGGAAAGUGGGCCUCCAGUAAUAACCCUGUCAAUCCUGCACCGUGUGCAUGUCUACCCAGUGUCCUCUUGGGGGCGCUGUUGCUUCAUAUUUCCUAUGACCUUGGCUUACAGACCUCAAAUGUGAUAUUUACACAAAUGAUGGAACAGCCAUGAAAACUGUGAUGGAGCGACGGUGUUAUUGUCAGUGUUGCUGUUACCAAAAGACAACAAAUGGCUUUAGUGUCUCCCUCCUCCUUCCCUCCGCUCCUCCUUGGCUUGUUAAGAUAAGAGUGCAAAGCUGGCUGAGAACCCGAAGUGACACUUUUAGACCUUGUAAGCUCUAAGUACAUCGCAUCCUGUUUCCACAACCAACCACACAAAAGACAAACUGAACACCUGACGUACAUGUAGGUGCGCAGAAUGACAAUCUACCUCCGUUUUGUGUGUGUGUGUGGGUUUUUUUUGUUUUUUUUUUGCUCGUGUCACCUGGGUUCGUCACAAACAGUCUGGUUUUAACAGUGCGUGAGCCAAAUGAAACACAAUCCCUGUUUCUACUUUAUCGUCAAGGAAAUGAAGAGGAAAUAAUCACUUACUCCUGUGUAGAAAUAUUAGUAAUACGUAUUGUUAACAGUCGGAACAGCUUACACAUAGUUAUCAAUUAUUGCACAAAAUAUAUAUUAAAAUACACUUAUUACUUAUUGUACGGAGCCUGUUUUUCCCUUCUCAAAGAUGAGACCUCCAGAGAAAAGAAGCUCUGGUUACCAGCAUUCAUGACUCUACAAUCAAACUAACAUUUGAAUGAAAGUGCUGAAUGUGUUGCAUCCAUUACAACUAUAGUGAAAUCACCUGUCUACCUUACAAACAGCAUUUACAGGUACUCAGACAGGGACACCAGUGAUGAUCACGAGCUUUCAGAUUCUCUGGGAAACUGCGUCUCUUUUUCUUCAAUGCAAAUGUGCAUUCAAAUAAGUUAACAGUGACAGCCUUUUCCAGGAAAUCUAAAAGUAGAAAUGGAACGACAGUAUGUACAGUUUCUACAAAUGUCCAUUUACAGAUUCACAUCUAAAGACAUUUCUCUGAGUGCUGAAGGGAUUUGAAGGCUGUUAAAUGGAAAAUGUGUGAGUUGAAUGUUUGACUGUGAACGCAAGAAAGGGUUUUGUCAGUCUGUUGUGUGCGUCACUGUGUGUGUGUGUGUGUGUGUGUGUGUGUGUGUGUGUGUGUGUGUGUGUGUGUGUGUGUGUGUGUGUGU